UACUGCCUCUACUAUAUCUUCAUUCACCUUCCCCUUCAAUAUCCAUUGUAUUCUCAAGUGGCCUGCCGUUUUUUUUCUGUUGCUUUUAGAGUCCAUAUUUGUGUCAACGAAACCGCAGAAUAGUACAGCACAUGUCAUCAUUCUCAAGGAGGUGCUUUUAGCAGAAAAAGCAGCCUUGAUCAGCCAGAAAGCAGCUUUAUCAGCAUCCAUUCUAUUAGACCACCAAAACCUCCGAAGUAUGGACAAAGGGACAAGGAUGAUGAUAUUCUGUCUACUUUUGGCAGCUAUUAUCAGCUCUGUGCUUACUGGAGAGUGGAAGGCAAAUGUUGUGAAAGAUAUUGACGUCCUGGUCACAUCCUGUGUUGUGGUACCCUGUUCAUUCACCCAUCCUAAAGAAAAGCUGUCCUCCUCCAGACUCAGAGGGAUCUGGCAGCGGUCAACUUUUCGAGAUCAAUUCAUCUAUCAUGAGGAUCCAACGCAGAUCUUGGAAAACUUCAGGGGCCGCACACGGUUGUUGGGAUAUCUGGGUCAGAACAACUGCACCUUAGAAAUGACUGACAUUAAAGAUCAUGACAGCGGCCCUUUCUGUUUCCGGAUUGAACUAGCACGGACAGAGACUGAUUUGUCCACUAUUGACAAGUUCUCCUUUGUGGAGGAUUGUGUCACGUUCAGAAUGCUCCCUGAUCCUCCAAAACCUACGCUGACUCACCCAAAGACAGCCAUUCAAGGACGUCCCUACACUGUCACCUGCUCAGUCACCCAUACCUGCCCUUCCUAUGUGCCUAAACUCAAAUGGAGUACGGUCACUACAGAUGAUGUGGUCACUGAAGUCCAGAAAGAAAUUCGUUUUGGCUACUGGGAGGCACAGUCCAUCCUGACGUUCACUCCUGAGGAGAAGGACGACCACAGCGAGGUCACUUGCACAGCUGAAUUUAAUGGAGGGAGCACAUCCAAUACAGUCCUGAAUCUCUAUGUUAAACGUACAGAAAACUAUAACCACAUCAUCAUUCCAACAGUGGUGGCGAUUGUUACAGCUGUGGUCUUUGGAGUCUUCUGCAUUGUAAUGGUGAAGAGAUAUAAGGGACGCAUAGCAGAGCUCCAAAGUGGGGAUGGCAGCAUGUGGAACCGGCUCUCCAGGAUGUCUCGCAGGAUCCGUUCUGAUGUCUCAAGACCAUCUCGUUCUGAUCAAAGUUAUUAGCCAAAAUCCUGCAAUUACCAAGAGGACCUUGAUGACGGGGACGAUUAACACUGCCGAUCUCAACGUCUAUGGAAACAUAUGAAAAAACACCAAAAGAAUCUAAUCAUGCUUAUAAUGGUCAUUUGUAUUAAGAGCAUGAUGACUGCAGUUUUUAUACACGACUACUGUGGUAUUCUCUGUUAUCAAGUAAACUAUAUUUGAUUCUCUCUUUGAAAUUACAUCAAUUAAUUAGGGAAAAUAAAAUGCAUUGGUAAGUGCAACUUUGCUCAGUCAGAGUACUUGUUUGUUUGUCACCAUUGUUGGGCCUCAAGCAUAACCAAAAUGGCAUGAAGUUGAAUUAAAUAAAUACCAGAGGCAAUACAUUUCGUGAAAAAUGCUUAUUUGCUUUCUUGCUGAGAGUUGGAUGAGCAGAUUGAUACUACUCAUAUAUGUCCGUUUGUAUUUGAAGCUGCAGCUUAGCUUAGCUUUGCUUAAAGACUGGAAACAGCUGUAUCGGCUUCCCAAAGGUGACAAAAAUCUCCAACCAGCACCUCUAUUAAGUAACAACAUCAAAUAUUUUUUAAAUUGCAAGCUUUAGGAAAGCAGAUUUUUCCAAAGAGGUUUCCAAUCUUCAUGUAAAGAUAAGCAAACAUCAGGUGUCUGGUUCCAUAUUUUUCUUGGCAAAAAGGUGAAUUGUAUUUAAUAUAUUAUUAUUGUAAGUGUAUUUCCCAACAUGUCAAACAAUUAAUUUAAAUAGUCUACAUAUGCACAUACAAUCAUAGAGGGCUGGUGUAUUUUAUAUCUCUGUUAAUAACAAAAAUGAAUAAAAGAAAAACAAUCUAGGUCAAAA